AUGAAGAGUGAUUUGGAUUUUGGUCUUGAAAUAGCUAGUUGUGAUGAGAGGAAACGGCUUUUUUGCAUCUGGUUGUGUGGUUUUCAAUCAUUAUCAUCUUUGAAGUUGUUUGAGUUUGAAACUUUUGUACUUGAGGGGCUGAGCAAUGGAACCUCCGAUAGGAUUUUGGGCUUCAUUAUGGAACUUUGUUUGCUUUCUGCCUUUCUUCAUCGGUCUUUGGCUUCUUGGCAACAUCAAAGGUUUCAUUUUCUGCCCAUUGAUAUGCUUAAUGAUGACAAUUGGCAACUCAGCUGUCAUAUAUGGUCUUUGGCCCAUACAUUAUCUGAAACAUUAGGACCUGCACUGAAGUUUGUUGCAUGCACAUGUCUACUACCCUUGGUGUUGAUUUUAUGGCCAUUGAUUGGCAUUGUUGGAAGUGUUAUAGGCGGAGCAGCCUAUGGAUUUCUAGCACCAAUAUUUGCUACUUUUGAGGCGGAUGGAACAUGGACCACUAUUACAAAGACCAUUGAUAUUGUCAAGGAUGUGAAAAAUGAAUGCUAUUAUACUUAUUUAUCGGUUAUGGAUGACCUGCUACAACAGAAGGAUCCACCUGGCAAAUACUAUGAAAUCAGGCUGCAAUAUCUUCCUGGAGCUUUUGUGGUUGCGGUUCUCGGGAUCAUAGUUGACACGCCAGUUAUAUCUACUGUUGCUAUAUGUAAAGGCCCUUACAUGCUUUUCAAAGGAUGGAAUCGUCUGUUUCAUGAUCUUAUAGGUCGUGAAGGCCCUUUCUUGGAGACAAUAUGUGUGCCCUUUGCAGGCCUUGCUAUCAUUCUGUGGCCACUGGCUGUUGUUGGGGCGGUUCUGGCAUCUGUGUUAGCUAGUUUCUUUCUCGGUGCCUAUGCAGGUCUUAUUACUUAUCAGGAGUCUUCUUUCUUGUUUGGCCUUAGGUACAUCGUUGCAGUUGUGUCCCUUUAUGAUGAAUACAGCAAUGAUAUUCUUGACAUGAGAGAUGGAUCCUGCUUCCCAAGGCCACACUAUCGAGAAACGACUCAAUUGAAACCAUUAUCAAGGACCCCUUCCCGUUCAAAUUCCCUCACAAAAACAAAGUCCUUAACGAAGACACUCUCUCAUGCCUUGUCACUGAAAAAUAAUGUACCCGAGUUCAAACCAUUUGAGCUGUUGGAUGGCUUAUUCAAGGAAUGUCAUCAUCUUGGAGAAUCACUGAUUUCUGAAGGGCUAAUAACACAUGAAGACAUUCUAGAAGCAAAGUAUGGUAAAGGGGGUAAAGUCAUUAGAAUUGGCUUGCCAGCUUAUUGCCUUCUCCAAGCACUACUUCGUUCUGUAAAAUACAAUUCUUCUGGUAUAUUGAUAAGUGAGGAUACUGAACUAACUACCUCAAACAAACCGAAGGAACAAUUUUUUGAAUGGUUCCUUAAUCCCCUUUUGGUCAUUAAAGAACAAAUCAAAGUUGAAGAUCUUAGUGUGUCAGAAGAGGACUACUUCGGCAAAUUAGUCCUCUUCAAUGGUGAUCCCAACAGGGUAAGAAAAUCAUUUAUUGGCCUCAGAGCCCCAGAAUCUGACCGCAAAAGUGCUGAACUUGAUGCAUUGGCAAGAAGGCUUCAGGGGAUCACCAAAUUCAUCACAAGAUUCCCUACCUACAAGAGGCGUUUUGAUGUUAUCUUAAAUACACUAUCUGAUGAGCUUGCUGAGAAGCAUGGUGCUUCCAAAAUAAUCAGAUCAAAAAGUGCUUUUCCUCGGAUACUAAGUUUAAAAUCCUUCACUUGCCAAACAUCUAAAUCUAAUGAUUCUGCUUUCAAUGAGUUCCAAGUAGGUGACUCAAUAGGGUGGGUUGUCCCACCCCACAAUGACACCAACUUCUACAAUGAAUGGGCUUCCCGCAACAGGUUCCUCGCUGGUGACACCAUCUGGUUUAAGUACAAGAAGGACUCAGUGAUGGAGGUGGGUGAAGUGGAUUACACACACUGCAAUGCCACACACCCCACACGCUUCUCCAACAGUGGCAACACUCAAUUCAAGCUUGUUCACUCAGGGACCUUCUACUUCAUCAGUGGUGCUUCAGGGCACUGUGAGAUGGGACAGAAGAUGAUUGUGAGGGUCAUGGAGGAUGAAUCUCAUCCUCAGCAUGCCAAGUCUUCUGGUUACCAAGUUCCAGUUUCGCCAAUUGGGGUGUCUCAAAUGCUUUUCCUCAGUUUCUUUUGGCCUGUGUUGCGUCUUAUGUAG